AUGAAAUCAUUAUAUGUAGAAUUAAGCAUUGAAAUAUUCAAAUGUAUACCAAGUCCCAUCAACCUUUUAGUUACAAGUCGUAAAUGGCAUAAUAUUUCUCAAGACCCUCAUGCCCGAGCCGAAUGGUUAAUUUUUAAAUAUGGUAGAGCACAUGCUUUAUUUCACUCUGUGAGGCUCGGCAAUAGCUUCAUUACGGUAGAAGUUAUACAGGCUUUGCUUUCAAAAAAUGUUAUCCUUUCAAGAUAUUUUUUUCAACGUUUAUUCAUGCAUUUCGGUAAUUAUGAUGAGAAUCUUAUUAAACUUAAAGUUGAACAUAAUGUAAAUCAAGUUGACUUUAAUAGACUUCGAGCUCUUAAAAAGAAUUUAUCUUCACCUUGGGGAAGUAAUAUACCUUUAUCAAGUUUUAUUAAACUAAUCACUGAAGGAUAUAACAUUUUGAAUGACCAUGAACUUGCAGUUAAAGGGAAUGAUAUGGAAUUAUUUCAUUUCCUAUCAGCUGGUCCCCUGGUUAUUAAUGUAGCUCCCCAAAAACUUCGUCAAAAUCUGGAAUCUAUUAAAGAUUUAAUUUUAAAAAAAAAGUUUAUCCCUUUUCCUCCGAAUCCAAAACCUAAAUAUGAAGAUACAGUAGAAUACGUUCAAUUGAUGCAAGUUAGAGCUCUUGAAGAAUAUCCACCAAAGGAUGGUUAUGAAAAUAGUCGUCAACUUAAUGUAGUGGCUAGAGCAAUAUUAAUUCAUCCCGAUUUAGUAAUUUUGUGGAAAGAAAUCGGAUAUUACGAAAUUUGUGAUGAUGUCAAUGAACUUGUAAUACAAGGCGCCCUCUUGAUUUUUUUUCCUCCUUCUCCACCGAAUACUUGGGAGUGUCCUGAUGUAGACAUUAUUGUUGCUCGUUUAAAACAUCUUAUUGAUCUGGGAUUUCAAUUAACCGAUAGUGUUAUAGAAGAGGUAUUUCAUUUAUUUGAACAUAAAUUAAACGAGAUUGGUGACCUUUUAAUGAAUUCAUUUCAAGUAAUUCGUAAAGAGUCAAAAUCGGAUAUUGCAUCAUCUUGCCUCAUUUAUGCAAUUAAACCUGAAAGAAAUUUUAAGAAAACUGAUUUGUUGGAAUUUUUAAUUAACAAAAUCGACCAACCUAGCAUAGCUUUAAAACAUGCAUUAGAUCAUUAUAAAGUCGGAUUCAAGCUUAAUUAUAAGACAAUUAGAACAACUACGAAAAUCAGAUCCCUAAGCGUUCAUUCAAAUUUCUAUUAUUGGAUACUUAAAAAUUGUGAUCCAAAUUCUGAGAUUUCACGAAAAUGUUUUGAUGAUAUUUUUGAAUCCCGAAUUUGGAUUGAACUAAAACUGCAGGAAACUCCUGAAAGGAAUAUUCCAAAAAAUCUUACUACUACUUCUUUUAAUUCUAUUUGUUAUAUAUAUCUUGAAUUUUGUAAUGGAAAAGUUCCAUUCAAUCAAGAUUGUAAAUCAUAUUGGCAAAAAUCUGAUUUAAAUUAA